GAGAGAAGCAUGGCUUUGGGUUGGCUAAGCUUUGGGUUUUGCAGGCUACCCCAUGUGAGUAGCGAAUUAUUUUACCCAUUAUUCUAAGUAGUCAAUGCUUUUGGGUUGGGACAGUGAGGACUCUGUUUGACUGCAAAUACAGUCACUUUCUUAACCCACAAGUGCUUUUAUAUCUCUAUGAUCAUCAACAUGGAGAUUUAGGAUGAAGAAUAAAGGAGUUCACCUUUUCUUUAAUAACUACAAAAAGACUUCUUCAUCAUCAUCCAUCUUCAUUGCUUUCUGUUUCUGUUUCUGUUCUUUACUUGAAAGCAAUGGAUCUUACCUCUCCCAAAUACUUUCACUCUCCUCCUCCUCCCUUAUUUCAAUCAAAUGGGGAACCGCCAUUGGAGGGAAGGAGAAGCUUCUAUGGUAAAACCAAAGAUGACCCUUUUUCAGACACUUUCCAUGACCCACUUUGCAAGCUUAACCUCAAAGAAACUUCUGAGUUUGUCAAGUCAUUACCAAUGGCAAACAAUGUCACUUGCUCUGUUUCAACUCAGAGGAGGAGAGAUGGAGUCAACUCAGUGACUCAACGUCGAGUUAUUGAGUCUCCUUCAACUCCUGGAAGACCUGUAUUUGGGUUCAGUGUUAGAAAUCUUUCAAGGAAGAAUGUCCCUUCAAAAUGGGAUGAAGCUGAGAAAUGGCUCGUUUGUAGCCCUUGCAAUGACUCACCUGCCCACACAUUGAAGCCAUCAGAACCCACAAAGAUACUAAAGCAAUGUGAUAAUUUUAAGGCUCAAACAGAAGUCUUUGCUGAGAAAUCUCGAGUUAUAGAGGAAAAAGUUUCUAAGCCAGUCCCUAGCUUUCUUGAAUCUCCAACUUUAGUUCAAAAUAGCAGUAACCCAUUAAGAGAUUUCAAUGGAGUUUCUGAUUUGCACCUAAAAGAUAAGUUCAUGGACAAUGUAGAGCCAAUUUUACCAACAAAAGAAGGCUUUCUGUUCAACAAUUCUCCCAUCAACAAGAUGAAAGUUGCAGACGCCAUUGUUGAGGUUCAACAUAGAGAUAUUGGAACAGAGAUGACCCCUCUUGGAAGUUCCACCACCUCAAGAUGUCCAACGCCAUUCAAAAGCACUUCACCUGUUCGUCACAACACACCAGCUAGCAGAUCCGGCCCACUCGGUCUCGCCGGCGACGGUGGCGACAGUGCCACCGUCGACAUUUCUCAGUUGCAGGAAUGUCAUUUAGCGAAGCUACAGCUUCCAUCUCAAUACGAUUCCGUUGCAUCAAAUUGGAGCUCGAGGGAAGAGGAGGAAGAAGAAAUUUCAAAAAGCUUGAGACACUUCGAAACUGGAAAUGAAUGCCGUAAAAGUAUAUCGGAUUCGAGAGCUGCAGCUUGGGAAGAAGAGGAGAAGACUAAAUGCUGUAAUAGAUAUCAGAGAGAAGAAGCCAAGAUACAGGCUUGGGUGAACCUUCAAAAUGCAAAAGCAGAAGCUCAGUCGAAGAAACUUGAGGUGAAAAUAGAAAGGAUGAGAUCAAAUCUAGAGGAGAAGCUAAUGAAGAGAAUGGCAGUAGUCCACAGAAAAGCUGAGGAUUGGAGAGAAGCAGCCAGACAACAACACUCUCAGCAGAUUCAGAAAACCACAGAACAAGUCAAGAAGUUAAAUUGGAGACACUCUUAUUCAUUAGGCUACAGCAGCACCACUUCUUGUGGUUGUUUCCCUACCCAUAAUAACACUCACUAAAAUAGAAUAAUAAAAAACAAAUACUUGUAACAUUUUUUUUUCAUUUAUAUUAUUGUUGUUUCUUGAAAGAACAAGAGAAGGAGGAAUAGGAAGUCACUUUCUUUGAGUUCUUAGCAAUA